AUGCAAGCGGCCGACAGGAAGUUCUUUGUGCGGCUCGCAGAGGCAACGCGAUCUGGCAUCAAGGCAUCAGCAGUAGGGCGGCCAUGUGGCAAGGCCUUCCAGUCCUGUUUGACCAGUUCAGAGUUUCUCACCAUUUUGCAGCACAAGCCCUUAGCUGUGUACAAUGAUGAUGGGCGUGAGCCGCCGCUGAAGCGCCCUCGUGUCGAGGGCGGCAAAGGCAAAGGUGCCAAAGGCCAGGGCGAGGCCCAGGCGGGCAAGGGCGAGGGCAAAGGCGAGAGUGCCGGGCGCGUGCCUGCUGAGCUCCUCGCUCUCGGGUGCGCAGUCAAUGUGACCUGCGCGGAUGUUGUGCGUGCGUCAGGGGGUGACGUGCGUGACCACCUGGCGCACCAGCUCAAUGCAGAGCUAGAGGCGCCCGGUGUGGUGUGCCUAUCGGCCUCUCAUGUGGAGGGCCAUGCAAAUGAAAAAAAUUUACCGCGUGACGAGGGGCAUGUACAUGCCCAGCGUCAGCACGGCUCUCAUGUCGAGAGCCAUGAUCAUGGGAUGCCUAAGCCUGUUGCAGUGGGGCAACAGGGGACGGCCAAUGUUCCUCGUGUUUUUGGGGAGUUCCUGCCCCAUUCUGUCCUGCUGCAGCCAAUGGCAGAAGAUCAACAAGCUGCAGCAGGUCUCAGUUCCAGCGAUGCCAGCAAGGCGACCGAUGCGGACGCCAGCCCUGCUUGGGGCCCAGUGCCGGAGACCCAAGUUGUCGUAGUGCCAGGGUGUGCUCAGAAUGUUCCGCCCAUGCAGGGGCUUGAUGCAAGCCCGGCAGUGUGUGAUCAGCAUGAAGUUGAUAAGAGCGUGAGCCUGCUUGAUAGCCUGCCUCAGGAUGGGCCUCUUUUCAUGGAAAUUUGUGCUGGAUCUGCAACCCUUAGUGACGUGGCUAGGCUGGAGCGGAUUAGCAAGUGGAGGACAUGGUCCACAGAGCUGCAGCUAGAAGAACGAAAGGCCAGGGCAAGGAUGCACCCGAAUGUCCGGAAGGUCCUUGGACGAAAGCGCACUGUCCCGCUCGAGCGCAUUGCCGAGUCCCUCGAGUGGCCUGACAGAAGUUUGUGCGAAGAGCUGCGUUCUGGAUUCAGGCUGGUUGGCAACGCCACGCCAUCUAAUGUAUUUAGGCCUGGAGUCACGGUUGCCAACCUCAGCGAGCAAGACCUCAUGGAGCAGUCGCGUUACUUCAGACCGGCCAUCCUGUCGAGAGUUGCUGCAGAACCUGAAGGCCCCCACUGCCGCGAGCUGCUUGAGAUCACGCGGAAGGAGGCUACGGACAAGGGGUGGCUGGAUGGGCCCCACACUGUCAAGGACGUGUUUGCCCAGCAUCACACGUGGCUGCCUGUCAGAAGGUUCGGAGUCCAGCAAGGUGCCAAGCUGCGACCGAUCGAUGACUUUAAGGAGAACCGUGUGAAUGAGGCGUACAGUUGCACUGAGCGCGUGGUGCUCCAAGCCAUGGACCACCUUUUGUGGUCGCUAAACAUCAUGACGCGCUUUUGUCGUGAAGGUGGCAUCGUGGACCUCACCCUGUCCACAGGAGAGCGGCUUACUGGGCCUGUGCAUGACCAAUGGAUGCAGCACGGUGCUAACCUGAGGGUCACCUCGCUGGACUUGCGUUCAGCGUAUAAGCAGCUCCCACUGCACCCGCUGGAUUACGACAAGUCGGUGAUCUGCAUCAAGUGCCCAGACGCACGUGAAAUCGAGUGCUAUUUCAUGCUGACACUACCCUUCUGGUGCCAGAGCCAAUGUGCAUGA